AUGGCCCUCCUGCACUCUCUGCUCCCCGCCCUGGGGGUGCUCACCUGUGGCCCUGAGGGCUCUCGGGGCUGUGCCCUGCCUCAGAGCCACGCGCUGGUGAGCAGGGAGCACUUCCCGCUUCUGAGCCACGUAAGGAGACUGUCCCCUUUCUUCUGUCUGCAGGACAGAAACGCCUUCAGAUUCCCGUGGGAGACGGUGGAGGGCAGCCAGCUGCAGAAGGCCCAGGCUACGUCCGUCCUCCAGGAGCUGCUCCCGCCCACCUUCAACCUCUUCCUCACGGAGCACGCCUCGGCUGCCUGGAGCUCCCUGCUGGACCACCUGCGUUCUGGCCUCCAUCGGCGGCUGCCAGACCUCGACACCUGUUUGCUGCGGGCUGUGGGACGGGAAGAUUGUGCCCUGGGAAUGGACCGCCCGACACUGGCCCUGAAGAGGUACUUCCGGGAAAUCCGUCUCCUGGAAGAGAAGAAGUACAGCGACUUCGCCCUCUGCCACUCCCCCU